GGGCGGUGGGAGAUCUGUGGAAGCACCCUAAGUCCGCGGGAUCGGAGCGCGGCCGUGUGGGUCAGGCGGGAGCCCAGGGCAGGGCCCUGGGGUACUUCAUCGGGCCCUGUGGGGGUCUCGGUCCCACUGCUCCGCAGCCGCUGGCCUGGGCUCGCUGCGGGCGCCAUGGUUACCUGAGACGGCCUGCCAAGGCAAUUGCUAUAUACAAAAUUACCUCAGCUUUUUGAUGAGCAGACAUGGCUGUCACGCUGCAUACUGAUGUAGGAGAUAUUAAAAUUGAAUUGUUUUGUGAGCGAACACCGAAGACUUGUGAAAAUUUCCUGGCUCUGUGUGCUAGUAAUUACUACAAUGGCUGCGUAUUUCAUCGGAAUAUAAAGGGCUUCAUGGUUCAGACAGGGGAUCCAUUAGGGACUGGGAAAGGAGGUAACAGCAUCUGGGGAAAGAAGUUUGAAGAUGAAUUCAGUGAAUACCUAAAGCACAGUGUCCGUGGGGUGGUUUCAAUGGCAAACAAUGGCCCAAAUACCAAUGGAUCGCAGUUCUUCAUCACUUACGGCAAGCAACCACACUUAGAUAUGAAGUACACUGUCUUUGGGAAAGUUAUUGAUGGCUUGGAGUCCCUGGAUGAGCUGGAAAAGCUGCCUGUGAAUGAGAAAACCUACCGACCUCUUAAUGAUGUUCGCAUUAAAGAUAUUACAAUUCAUGCCAACCCUUUUGCUGUGUAGCCACAAACAGUCUUGACACGUUCUUUAGAGAUUGGUCAGGUCAACUGCUGGGUGAUUAUGGUGGUUAGAGUGUCAUUAAAAAGGGGACUUAACCUUGAUCAUACCUUUGGUCAUUGAAUGCAGGGUUUUCAGGUGCUGUGACAUUGUCUGGGAGUUGUCACAGGGGAGUCUCGUGCUUCAGAAGACAGUUUUUCCAGAGUAUAUUCCUUGAUUUUGACUUCUAAACUUUGCUUCUUGAACUUGUAAAACAAGAAAAGACUUUCAAAAAUACAUAUAUUUUUGCAAACCUU